AUGUUCCGCAAAAUACGGGCCCGCCAAGAUGCCGGCCCGGUUGCGGUAGCGUUUCCAGAACUGUUUUGGCACUGGUACGCUGACUCCUUCACCCGACUAUCAGAAACACCCAAGACGGAUGCCUUGCCACAUAACCCCAAGAACUACACUAGCAAGCUGCUGGCGGUGGUUCAGAUAAAGGGCUACUUCGAAUCGCCACCGUCUACACAUCAGGUCGUGGCGCUUCUAAAGCUGCCGUUCACAAACGGUGAUAUUGCUCGUACCUAUACGCUUCUCCGCUUUUUCCAACUCAGUGAAAGCGGAUUCUUCAUAACGAACGAUGGCUUUGAGCGUCUGGGUGCUCGAAUCGAGUUUGCUGGUGCCGAAAAUUGGGAGAACGUCAUGUGCUACAUGGAUGCUCUUUUGUUUCUGAUGUUUGCCAACUUGGAGAGCUUUGAGCCUAUCUUGUUUUUGCUGAACCAGCACGCCAAUCCUAUGGUGGACCAGCUCUCUGGUUUGCUCAGAGUCUACGUCAACUUGUUGCGCUCCGGCAACUUGAUCACCACCGACAUCUCCAUGAGGAUUUGUGAGUGUCUCAUGAAACUCGGAUACAAUGAAGCCAUGAGCCACAGACAGCAAGAUGUCGCUCCACUUUUUGAGUUUUUGACAGAAACUCUUCUGAUGCCAUUGUUGACUUUCAAGGUCGAGAUCAAGCACCUGGGCAAGCACGAAAAUGAUGAUACCAAAUACUCGAAAGAGCGUAUUCUUUUUGUUUCGGUCCCUGACUCCGAGAAGACCGCUACUCCAAUCAAACCGGAAGACAAAUUCGUCGAAAACCAAACCGACAGCCUGGAUGCCAUCCUUUUGGAGGAAUGCCUCGAGCAUUACUUCAACAACUCCAUCUCUGUUAAACGUGAGCUUGAACGUCGUGCCACGUUAGACAGCCUUCAAAGGCCUUCGGAAACAUUUGAAAGAAAAGAAACACCCGAGAAAAAGGAAGUUCCUGAUGCCGACAUUGAAUUGACGCAAGAUCUUCCCACCAACAUCUCAUUCAGAGCUCGUCACAGCACCCAAGGCUCUUUGAGCAACCUGGUCAAAGCUCGAACUCGCUCGUCAACACUCUCCAUAUGGUCCAUCACUUCUGUUGAAUCGAAGCCUAAAGAAGUGAUGCUCCCAGCGUGGAUGUUAUUGCGUCUUUUACCGUUUUACACGGACGACAACACCAUAGACAAUGCCAAUGAGAGCGUUGCACGCAACUCUAAGGAGUUUGUGAACCGCAGGCCAGUACUCCCUAUAUGUUUGAAGCGAUACUCGUUCGAUGCCACUGAGCAGCUGGCUAACCGCUCUAACAAGCGUAUCAUUAUACCCCCAGUCAUCGAGUUGCCCUCCUUUGUGGCUGACGACGUCGACACAGACACAGGAGGAUUCAAACUCAUUCUAGAGAGUGCAUUGUGCCACAGAGGCACCACCAUUGCGUCUGGACAUUUUGUAUCUGCCGUCAGAAAGAACAUCCACGUGAAGGAGGAGACACUAGAGGAGUCACUCAAUGCCGAAUGGUACUUAUUUGACGAUAUGAAAAAGAAAAAAGUGGUGAAAAAGACAUUCAGCGAAAUAUUCGAUACCGAAUGGCCUUACAUGCUCUUUUACAGGUUGGCGUCAUCCUCUGAAAAAUCAAGCUCCGUGCUGUCUCUUCGUUCAGGAAGGGACACUGUCAGUCCUGUGGUAGCCCCAAAAGGAUCCCGCCUGAAGUACUGGAGCGAGGAUGCUUUGACGCCAAUUCUUUCCAGAACUGAAUCGAAGAGUGACCUAGAGUCAAAAAACGGCACGUCCUCGACGGUCCCCAAUUCAUUGGAAAGCGCCGUGAAGGCGUCGUUUGGAAGUGAUACAAGUACUUCCAGCAUACCUAUUCCUGAUACACUCCCGACUAGUCUGAAGUACACGGACAUCCGUCAACGAUACCUCUGGUAUGUGACUGAUGACGAAAUGAACUAUUACAAGGAGAUUCCUCUGGUCUCGAAGACCGGUAGCAGAAAUAUGAGCAUAAGCUUCACACCGCAAUUUCGGAGAAACAGUCAAUGGAGCGAGAACUCAAAUAUAAGCGGCCUCGCUUUGGCAGAUCUGGCAGCCACCGAGAAGGUCGACAUGGAGAAGGUUUACAAGAAACUUGAGAAGUUGAAACCUUCAGAGAAUUUAACUGAGGACAGCGAGAACGAAGAGCGCAAGCAUAAACACUUUGGUCAUUUCCUCCAUAGCGAAAAGAAGAGUGGAGCAUCGCUCCAGAGAAAAGAACAUAAACGCCGGUUGACAGAAUACAAGAAAGAGAAAUGUGUGAUCACAUGA